AUGGCGCUCAGACACUCCGACUCUGCAGACAUGGAUGAUGGGAGCUCCGUAAGUGGGCGUGCAACAGGAGACGUGUGCAUGUCAGAUCGGCUCAUACCGUCGCGAGGUUCAUGCAGCGAAGUUAGACAACUCAAGUUGGAAAGAGACGAAAAUUGGGCACCGCAAAACGAGUAUCACGAGGUCCUUUCACAGAAUGUGCUUGGAAAGGAGGCCUUGAGCAAUGUGAAGAUCUUGAGCUACCAGCAUAAGCCAAUGAAGCAAGAGCCAACUCUAAAUGAGUUGAAGGUGCUCUACAGCAGCAACCGCGAUGGCGCCAGAGCCGGGCCUAGGACAUGCAGGCAGCUUCCGCAGAGUGCUGCUAAAGUUCUGGACGCACCGGGCAUGUUGGACGACUUUUACAGUCACCCAAUCGACUGGUCAUCGCAGAAUGUUGUGGCCGUUGCACUAUCUGACAUGGUCUUCCUGUUCCAUGCAGCUACUGGCAGCACACAAAAACUCCUGCAGCUGCCCAGUGGUUCCAUCACAACUCUCCGAUGGACGGAGGCAGGGGGUCAUCUGAGCGUCGGCGCAUCAACAGGUGAGGUGCAAAUCUGGGAUGCAGUGGCUCAGCGCCAGCUGCGAAAUCUUCGUGGGCAUGCUGGCCGAGUUGGAGCACUGGCCUGGCAUUCACAUAUCCUCAGCAGCGGUUGUGCAGAUGCAGAGAUCCAUCAGCACGACGUUCGCAUACGUGAUCACCUAGUCAGCCGAAUGAUCUCUCAUGCAGACUUGGUCUGUGGUCUUGACUAUAAUUCCGAAGGGAUGCUGGCAUCAGGAGGUAACGACAACUUGGUUUGCAUUUGGGAGACCCCUGGCUCUUCCAUCCCUUUGCACACCUUCACAGAGCACCAGGCUGCAGUCAAAGCCAUUCGGUGGUGUCCGUGGCAGCGACAUGUUCUGGCGACGGGCGGAGGCUCUGCAGAUCGCCAAGUCUGCCUCUGGAAUGCUUCUAGUGGCCGCAUGUUGAUGUCUACGCACGCAGAAAGCCAAGUCACGGGGAUAAUCUGGGGGCAGCAGGAGCGAGAACUUCUGACCGCUCAUGGAUAUUCGAGGAACCAGCUGUCUCUGUGGAAGUAUCCUUCGCUUGUCAAAGUUGGUGAUUUGGAAGGGCACGAAGGGAGGUUACUGGGACUCGCGCAGAGUCCAGACGGUUCGCUUGUAUGUUCCUCCUCCGCUGAUGAAACGCUCCGAUUUUGGAGGGUGUUUUCUCCGGUGGGUGACAAGCGGGCUUCCACCAGCCAAGCUGCAACGAACACCAUUUUGAAAACUAUUCGAUAG